AUGGACCAAGGCAAUAAUUCAGGAGUGACUGAAUUUGUACUGCACAGUCUUUCAGGUUCUCAAGAGCUACAACUUUUCUAUUUUGCACUUUUUACACUUUUCUAUUUAUCCAUUGUGCUGGGGAACCUCCUCAUUGUGCUCACAGUCAUCUCUGAACCUGCUCUACACUCACCCAUGUACUUCCUACUCGGUAACCUCUCCUGCAUCGAUGUCUGUCUGUCCACAUUUGCCACACCCAAAAUGAUUGUUGACUUCCUUAUGGACCAUAAGACCAUCUCUUUUGAGGGCUGCAUGGCCCAGAUAUUCUUUCUACAUGUCUUUGCUGGUGGUGAGAUGAUGCUUCUUGUGGCCAUGGUAUAUGAUAGAUAUGUAGCCAUAUGUCGACCCCUGCAUUAUGCAACCAUCAUGAAUGCGUGCAAGUGCACAAUCCUCGUGGUGGGCUCCUGGCUCAUUGGUGUUCUGCACUCGGUACGUCAGUUGGUCUUCACAGUAAAUCUUCCAUUCUGUGGCCCCAGUAAAGUUGACAGUUUUUUCUGUGACCUUCCCCUGGUUAUCAAACUUGCUUGCACCGAUACCUUUACUCUUGAGGUACUGAUGCUUUCAGAUAGUGGCUUAAUGGCCAUGAGCUCCUUUGUGCUCUUGCUGACUUCCUACACAGUCAUUCUGGUCACUGUGCGACGGCUUUCCUCAGUGGGCAUGGCCAAAGCAAGGGCCGCCCUGACUGCCCAUAUUACUGUGGUGACCCUCUUCUUUGGGCCCUGCAUCUUUAUUUAUGCCUGGCCUUUUAGCGACCUCCCAGUGGAUAAGCUUCUCUCAAUAUUUUAUAUUGUUUUCACACCUCUCUUAAACCCCUUGAUCUACACCUUAAGAAAUAAAGAGGUAACAUCAGCAAUGCAAAAACUGAGUUGA